CCUCAGCCACAUCAACAGCCAUUGUGUACAUAAGUUUCGCAAUAAACGUGAUAAAUGGACACGUAAAGUGUACAUAUUUUAUCUACGUAAAAUUAUAAUAACGAAAAGAGUACUUGUACGAAUGUAUCUAUAAAGAAACAACUGAGACAGUGAAUUACGAAAGACGAAAAUACCACGCUACCAUCGUGUGCACCUCGAAGAAGCUGAGUGGUUUGCGCAUGCGACGAAAAGUACUUUCACCUAGUAUUCGAGGGUCUGAGUCAGCAACAAGGAAAAUGAGACUUUUCGGAAAGAUUCUUUAAUUGUGAGUAACAAUCAUUCACCGAAUGAUCCUGAAAGCAUUUUCCGCUCGAAAGACACUGGUCGUUCGUCCAUAUGCUACCUGGACGAACGUUGCUUCGAAGAAAGCUAAGCCACUAGCUUCCCAGGUCUUAACGAGCUACCUGCUGCAAACGAACCAGCCACCGUGGACAUCGUACUUCGUGAAGUAUGCCGACGUGGUGAACGAUCAAAGGGGGAUGUCCCACUUCAAUUGGCCGGUAGGCAGCAGCAAUUACCACGUACUUAGAACCGGCUGCUUUCCAUACAUUAAAUAUCACUGCACCAAGAGGCCACGACAGGACCUCACCGUCGAGGACAAAUUUUUCAAGGCGAUCAAGCUCUUGAACCUUGGUAUACCCACGUUGAUGUACGGACUGGCAGCGACUUUGCUGGUCAGACACCAGGAGAUCGUGAAAACAGCCCAAGGGGACGUGACGAUCUACUUCUUGCUGCCCGAGGACAAGGGUUCCUUGUACUGAUACAGCCAUGCCAGUCGACAUUAAUUUGUACCUUAUAAUGUUCCUGUUCGAUGUACAAUGAACGUGAA